AAACAAACCCCCCGCUCCGCCGCCCGGAGAACCCACCUGGCCACCUCACCGCGGCAUUUCCACGAGACCACGAGCACCCCUCGCCGCCUUCCGACCGCGAUGACCGACGCCGAAGCGGACACGGAGGCCGUCCGCGCCGCGGCCUGGGAGGUGCUGCGCCUCGAUCACGACGGCCACACCCACGAGGCGCUCACCCGCGCCCGCGACCUCAUGCUCGCGCAUCAGGACAUGGCGAUCACGCACCGCCUCCUGGGCGACCUCUCCUACGGUGCCGCCGCCCGCGCGUGCCUCGAAGAAGGCACUCGGAAGGCCGGGUUGGCCGCGGCAGCGCCGCACCUCCACGUCGCCCGCGAAGCGUUUGCCGCGGCGCGCCGCCUCGCCCCCGACUGCAUCGACAUUGCCGACGCGCUCGGCGACGCCUUCGCGGCCUCCUGGAUGUUCAGGGAGGCCGAGUGCGAGUACAAGCGCGCGCAGCACACCCCGCAGCCUACCGACCCGGCACUCCACAACGCGGCCUACGGCAUGUGCAUGUCCGGGGGCCACGAGCAUGACCGCGACCCGGACUUCAUGAGCGUGAGGGUGGAGGAGGUCAGGGCGCGGGCCCGCGCCUCCUACAGCCGCAUGAAGACGGAGCAGCUCCUUCCGAUCGCGAUCCACCGGGUGCUCGAAGCCGGCAUGCAGCUCGGCGCGGCGGAGGGGCGCAAGCAGGCCAAGGGCAUCGCCGAGGUGUUCCCCGACCUGGGGCGCGCGCAGUACCUCGCGGCGUACAUGGACCUGGAGUUCGUGCGCAGCCUCGACGCGGCCAUCGACAAGCGCCUGUUCCUGCGCCGCACCCUCGUCAUCACCGAGCGAGUGGCGCGGGACUACCCCAAAUCGCCCGUGUUCGCCUCCUUCCACGCCAAGCUCCUCUUCGUCCUGGGUGAGUACGACGCAGCCGAGACGGAGUGCCGCCGCGCGCUGGAAAUGGUGGAGCCCAAUGACCCGCAAGACGACUGCAUCCCGGUUGGGUCAAUCAGCGGGGAAAACCGUGGCGUCAGGCUGGUUUCGGUGGCCUGCGAGUUCCACGAGCUGAUCAACAAGAUCGUGAUGCUGGCCAGCGAUUACUGGGACUCCAUGAGCAGUGAGAGGCAGCGUCACAGCUUCCUACAGGUCAGGCUCGAUGUGCUGCAGCAUGAGUACAACAAGGUUGAUCCGUCGCAUGCGUUCGCUAUGUCUGAUGUGCGGAGCUUUGUCAAGGAGCACGAGUCUUGGAGGUUCUGGAUUUGCCCCCUUUGUCAUUGCAAGAAGUUCAUGUACACUGGUUUGCUAUUGUCACACAUGUGCACCAGGCACCCAAGGGCAGUCCUGCCACGACUUCAGUCAGUAUUGGAUCAGAAACUCAGUGAUGAAGCAUUGGAGAGUGACGAUUCUCUGCAUGCGGUGACAUUUUGUGAAGAUUCAGAACAGCAAGACGUGACGAUUUGCUUCAACAAGAGCAGCGAGGUAUUCAAAUGGUUGUUCUAUGCACCUUCAAGUGGAGUACGGCCAAAGCCAUUCCUUGAAAUACGACAAAUGAAGUGUGAUAAAGGACGUAUGCUGCUUGAAAGCAUAAAGGACAAAAUGAAGACUCUACCUGCAGAUAGAUCUAGUACUGAGUUCGCCAAGGCUAUUCCUGAAAUCGAGGAGCAGUGGCAGAAUUUUCUCAAAUGUUCUGUGUUGGACUACAGAGAAGUCAUUCUCCAACUUGCAAGAUCAUUCCUAUGGAGAGAUUUAAAGAAAUGCAUGACUGAGGAUCCAGAACUUGCUGCUAAGCCGAUUAGUGCCGCUGAUAUUGAUGCCAUAUUCACUAAAGAAGUUGUUAAUCCUGCCAGCAAUGCUGUAGAGUCUUCUCAAACAGUGGGGGCUCAAAUGGUCAGUGGAAAUUGUCAAGAAAGUGUUCACGACGAAGGGGACAGCUCUGACAACCAUGGAAAGAAUACAGAAUCGUCAGAUCAGACAACUGAUAUGGUGGAACGUGAGACUGGCCUUGCUGCAAAACUGGAUAAGUUGGAGAAUGGUCCAAAGAUCAGUGAGAGUAAUCCGGAAGGUAAUGUUCACGACAAAUGGGAGAGUUCUAACAACCACGGAAAGAUUACAGAAUCAUCACAUCAGGCAAUCGGUAUGGUGGAAAGUGAGACUGACCUUGCUGCAAAAUCAGUAAUGACAUUCUGUAAUGUUCACGACGAAGAGGAGAGUUGUGACAACCAGGGAAAGAAUACAGAAUCAUCAGAUCAGGCCAUUUGUAUGGUGGAAAGUGAGACCGACCUUGCUACAAAACUGAAUAAGUUGGAGAUUGAUCCAAAGAUCAGUGAGAGUAACCAGGAAAGUAAUGUUCACGACAAUGGGGAGAGUUCUGGCAACCAGGGAAAGAAUACAAAAUCACUAGAUCAGGCAAUCGGUAUGGCGGAAAGUGAGACCGACCUUGCGGGAAAACUAGAUAAGUUGGGGACUGAUCCAAAGAUCAGUGAGAGUAACCAGGAAAGUGAGUUACACGCUGAACAUGAGAGUUCUGAUUCCCCAGUAAGCAGGAGUGACGUGGCACUAAGCUCGAAGGGGACUUCUGAGGCCACGGUUACCGACACAAAGUUGCCACGGUUACCUACCAACACGAUGGAGGGAGUGAGUGACUUUGACACAAACCUCUUGGCAUAUACGCUUGGCUCCAUCUAGCUUGUGAGAAAUUGUAUUACAAACACUAGGAAGUUCAUACUCCCUCUAACGAUGUGCAGAAGAAACAAAAACAAUACACCGUGGUGGCUAAUAAAAAGUCUAAAACUGUUGAGAAGCAAUGUCGUCGCAGAUCCCAGAUCCAGACUCCAAACCUUCACAUUAGCAAUGGAGGCACGAGGAAGAUGUAGAAGACCUUCCCUUCGCGUGGUAGCAGGUAGCACAAACACAAGAGAUGAGAGAUGAAAGAUGGGGGAUUCUUUCCUGGUUAUUCAUUAUGAUAGGGUACAAGUUUAAUAAGUAGAGAAGUAUAGUCCCUCAGAGGUACAUUCGGUGUUAGCUCACAUAAUCCUUUGUAGGGUUUCUUAACACUC